UCUUCCCCCCCCCCUCUCCCACCCCCCCCCCCCCACCCUGCCUCCCUUCCCUCCCCGCACCCACCGCCCAGCCCAGCCGGAGCGGCCGCCACCGGAGCCGGGAGCGGGGCAGCGGGACCCCGGCCUGAGGCAGCUGGUGACCGAGGGCUCUCGCUGCCCAUCAUCGCUCCCGCCUCGCGAUGGCGACUCCGGACGUCAGCGUUCACAUGGAGGAGGUGGUGGUGGUGACGACGCCUGACGGCGUGGUGGAUGGAGCCGGCGUGGAGGAGGUGAAGACGGUGCUGGUCACCACCAACCUGUCCCAGCACGGCGGUGACAUAAACGAAGACACGCUGGAGACCGAAAAUGCGGCUGCUGCGGCUGCUGCUGCCUUCACAGCCUCCACACAUCUGAAGGAAGCAGUCCUAGAAGUGAAGAUGGCUGAAGAUGAGGACAGCUUGGAGGCAGAGAUUGUCUACCCCAUCACCUGCGGGGACAGCAAAGCCAACCUCAUCUGGAGAAAGUUUGUGUGCCCCGGGAUCAACGUGAAGUGUGUGCAGUUUGAUGAUCACUUAAUUAGUCCCAAGGAGUUUGUCCACUUGGCGGGCAAGUCGACCCUGAAGGAUUGGAAGCGGGCGAUCCGGAUGAACGGGAUCAUGCUCCGGAAGAUCAUGGACUCGGGAGAGCUGGAUUUCUACCAGCACACCAAGGUCUGUUCCAACACCUGCCGGAGCACCAAAAUCGACCUCACAGGAGCCAGGGUGUCCUUGACCAGCCAGACAUCGACGGAGUACAUCCCUCUCACUCCUGCUUCCACAGAUGUGAACGGAUCUCCAGCUACGAUUACCAUAGAAACAUGCGAGGAUGCCAGCGAUUGGAGCACCAGCAUCGGAGAUGACGUCUUUGCUUUCUGGCGAGGCCUGAAGGACACGGGUCUCCUGGAAGAAGUAAUCCACGAGUUCCACCAGGAGCUGGUGGAGACCAUGAAGGGCUUGCAGCAGCGAGCGCAGGACCCCCCGCUGCAGCUCGGUGAUGCUGUUUUACUCAACAACGUAGUCCAGAACUUCGGUAUGCUGGAUCUGGUCAAGAAGGUCCUGGCCAGCCACAAGUGUCAGAUGGAUCGCUCGAGGGAGCAGUACGCGCGGGAUUUAGCAGCUCUGGAGCAGCAGUGUGACGAGCACCGCAAGCGAGCAAAGGAGCUGAAGCACAAAUCUCAGCAUCUCAACAACGUCCUGAUGACCCUCACGCCCGUCUCCGUCCCCGCGCCUUUAAAACGUCCCAGGCUGACCAGGGCCACCUCCGGACCAGCUGCCAUCACCUCCCAAGUGCUGGCGCAGCCGGCGCAGCUCGCCGUCGCCCCCGGCGUGCCCGUCUCCCAGCUUGCCAACCUCCCUCUGGGCAAAGUGGUCUCAGCCCUCCCGCCCUCGGUGCUGGGCAAGAGCCCGUCCCAGCCUCCCGCCGCCAGCUCCCCGGCCUCCCCGCUGCUGGGAGGGUACACGGUACUGGCCUCCGCCGGCUCCACCUUCCCCGGUACGGUGGAAAUCCACCCGGACGCUUCCAACCUGACGGUGCUGAGCACAGCGGCGGUCCAGGACGGCAGCACGGUCGUGAAGGUGGUGAGCCCCUUCCAGCUGCUGACGCUGCCGGGACUCGGCACGACCAUCCAGAACGUGACACAAAUGGCUCCCGGCGGGAGCACGGUGGUGACCGUCCCGCCCGAGGCCGCCGGGGACGAGCACGCUGCCGCAGCCAUCGAGGUGACAGCAGUGGCCGACGAGGCGGAGCAGAAGUGAAAGGGGCAGAGGGCGGGGUGGGGGGGGGACACACUUGCCUGGAGGGACGCUGGCCGUGCCCGCUCUGGGUGGAACUGCCUUUUUUUUUUUUCCUCUGGCUGCGCUGCGGGACGAGGAGCGGUGUAACGAGGGGCGCGGGUUAAGGAGACUCGGAGCAGCUCACCUCGGGGUUACAGAGGAGGUUCAGGUCAGAGGGAAGGCGGGGGAGGAAAGACGCCCGGAAAGACAAAAACGCUCUGCCCUGUUUGAAGGGGAGAAGGGGAAAAAAAAAAAAAAAAAAAAAAAAAAUACCAAACCCAAACUUAUUUUUCUAUAAAGCUUUCCUCCCCCGUUCUCUUGGAAUAUUUGUUCCAUUCUAGCUCAUCAGCCCUGCCUCGUCUGCAGGUGUAGCUGGAGCAGCGGGCAGAGCAGGGAGAAAGCGGCCGUAAAAAAUGGGUGAAGCACCGAGCAGGCACCCAUCCGGCUGCCCAGGGGUCGGGCGGGAGCUGAUGGGGGGUGUCAGGGAGGCGGCUGCUCCCUGUGCCCGGGGGCUCCGAGGGGGGGAGAGGGGAUGCCGAGAGGGGGUUGUCUGGGGAGGGGGGGGUUGUGGUCAUCGAAACCAGCAGGACGCUGUGUACGGCGGCGCGGGGCCCCGGGACGUUGGCUUCUGCGUGCGGUGCUGGCUUCGGGUGGCAGAAACAAGCGGGAGCUCUCGUGAGGGUGGGUUGCCCAGGUCUGCUGGGGGGAAGGAGGGUGGAGAGAAACCCAGAGGGCCAGGAGGAGCUGUAACUUCUGAGGUUUUAGGGUCUCUUUCUUUUUUUCUCCAAAAAAAAAAAAAAAAAAAUCCAUUCUUGGAGAUUUUUUUUUUUUUUUUUUUUUUUUUUUAAGUUAAUGGCGAUUUUGAAGCAAAGCCCUUUGGUUGUGAAGGUGGUGCCGUGAGGCAGAGCCGGAGUGUUGAAUGCGCAGAGGUGAGCCGAGCGGCAGCGCCCCGGGGACCUUGCGCUCACUAACGAGGCGCGACGCAGGAUCGGGCCGGUCCCUGGUCCCCCAGCACCUCACCGGGCGCUGCCGUUCCCUCCCCGCCGGGUGUGAGCAGCCUUUCGGUGACCGGGUGGUCAAACCCCCACCCCCAUCACACCCCCCCCACACCCCCCCCAAAGUUCUUCAACCGCUCAACUCGCUGCGAAUCUCGUCGGGUCCCGUUCCGGGCACACGCGCCGCGCGGCUGCAGCGCCAUUCACACUGUCUCCGGCUGGAAGGAGUCGGGUGCUUGAAGUGUUGGGUUUCUAUAAACUUGAUCUGGCAGCAGCAGCGAUGACAGGUCACUUUAAUGAGCUAAUAAAUAUUUUUUUGAACAGA